AUGAGCCACGCCACCGCCGAAACGAUCUGGCCGCCAAACGCCCCGCCGCCGAUCGAAAGAUUCGUGGCUGAAUUCUUCAGCCUCCUCGACGCAGAGACGCCGGAAGCGGCGCGGAAGUGGGCGCAGCUGUACGUGACGGACGGGGAGUUCAUCUGCGGCCCCACGUCCACAUGCACGGGACACGAAGAGAUUUCCCAGAACCGGAUCAAGUUCUGGGCGGCUUUUCCGGGGUUGAGGCAUAGGGUCAAGACGGUCUACUUUCAGCAGCCGGAUGGCCGAGACCUCAUUUGCAUCACGCGCUUCAAAGUGAAGUUCAGGAACGGCUCCGUCCAUGAACAGGACACGGCUGCCAAUUUCCAGUUCGUGGAGGAGGCUGGCCGGCUUCUGCUGAAAAAGGUCGAGCUUUAUAUGGACCCUACCAUGCUGGCUGCAGGAGCCGCGCGUUUUUAA